CAAAUCCUUCCCCAGCUGAAAUGUCAUUUCACGUGGAAUUUAUUUAAGGACAAAGAUAUACCAGAGGAUCUGGAAGACAGAGUGCGUAAUCAGAUUGAAACUUCAAACUUUGAGUCCAAAGGCACAAUGUACAACUUGUUGGCCUACAUAAAACACUUAGACGGUCACGACGAAGAUGCCCUGGAAUGCUUACAGCAAGCUGAAAAGUCAAUCCAGAAAGAGUACUCUGACCAGGCAGAAGUCAGGAACCUGGUGACCUGGGGAAACUAUGCCUGGGUCAACUAUCACCUGGGUAAACUCGAUGAAGCUCAGGAUUAUGUUGACAAGGUGAAACAGGUGUGUGAGAAGUUUUCAAAUCCUCUCAGUCUUGAGUGUCCUGAGCUGGACACUGAGGAAGGGUGGGCACGGCUGAAGUGUGGUAACAACCAACUUAAAAGGGCCAUAGUGUGCUUUGAGAAGGCUCUGGAAAAACACCCACAUGACCCAGAGUUUGCCAGUGGACUGGCCAUUGCGAGGCACCGUGCCAGUGAACUGGCCAUUGCGAGGCACUGUGACAGUGACUGUCCAGCACCUGUGAAUGUCUUGAAUCUUCUGCGUGAAGCCGUUGAACUGAAUCCUGAGAAUAUGUAUGUUAAAUUGCUCCUGGCUCUGACACUUCAGAAGAUGAAUAAUGCCGAAGGAGAGAAGUUAGUUGAAGAAUUUUUAAAAGAAGGCCCAGAUGAAGCAGGUAUGCUUCAACAAGCAGCCAAGUUUUAUCGAACUGGAGGAGACCUGGACAAAGCUAUAGAGCUGCUUGAAAGGGCUUCAGAAAUGUUGCCAAAUGAUACUCGCAUACACUACAUUAUUGGGACUUGCUAUAGAGAAAAAGUCCAGAAAAACAUUUGGAGAAAUGAUAGAAUGUGUCAGGAAAGUGAAAACUUAUUACAGUACCAAAUAGAACAAGGUAUAGAUCAUUUUAAGAAAGCUGAUACCAACAGAAAUUUCUCACAGGUCAACCUCAGCCUUGCUUUCCUCCAUGCAACAGCUGGUGAGUACAAUGAAGCAGAACAUUACUACCAACGAGAAUUCAGCAAAGACCUUAGUCCUUUACAGAAGCAACUCCUCCAUUUAUAUUAUGGAAACUUUCAGUUCUUUCACAUUAAGUGUGAAGAAAAGGCCAUCCACCACUAUAUGGAGGGUGUAAAAAUAAACCAUGAAUCAAAGGAAAAAGAAAAGAUGAUGAGCAAAUUGUACAAAAUUGCCCAAAAAAGGCGUUAUGAAAAUCGACAGGAUUCUCAGACUUUGGAACUUUUGGAAUUCCUUCAGCCAUACAAUGGAAAAAUGCAGUUACCAAUCACCAGCUCUGAGAAUGUUAUGGACAAUGAAAGCCUUGGUCCGUUAGCAUCUUUAUCUGAGAAAUGA